AAUAGUUUCAAACUGCAGAUUUCCUCUUUCAAGUUAGAGCCUUGCUUCCUGUGUAGGAAGAAAGUGUAUUAGAGGACAGAAGUAGAGCACCAAAGUAGUCCCAGGGAGCAGGAUGGACAAGUUUCAUGCGGUGUUUGAUUUCUGCCUUAAUCACCAGAAGGCACUGGGCUAUGGGGCUGUCUCUUUGUUGACGGUUGGUAGCGAGCGCAUCUUUUCUGCUGUGGUGUUCAAAUGCCCUUGCAACUCCUGGAAUAUGCUCUAUGGCCUGGUCUUCCUCUUGGUGCCAGCCCUUAUUCUGUUUCUGCUUGGCUUCUUGCUCAGUAGCCAGUCUUGGAAGAUACUCACCGGAAGCUGCGCCCCCAACAGGCUGUGCAGGUGCCCUCACGGGACCCGAUUCCGGCACUACUUGAAAGUGCUGGGGCUGGUGAUUGUCAGAGCAUCUGUUGCUCCCUUGACAUGGAUUGCUGUGGCCUUACUGGGAAGCCGCUUCUACGAGUGUGCCGCUUCUGGGAGCUCUUCAGUGCAGGCGUACAUGUGCAAAGGCAAAGGGGAUGAGUGUGUUGAGAAAAUGCCUCAGGUUCCUUGUCAGAGUGGCACUGCUACCUCGGAGAUGCAGGAUAUACUCAUGAGCCUUCAAGCACAGUCUCAGGUUGGUAUAACCUCUUCCAGAUGGUACUACUAAGUUGUGACUUGUAAAUUGCAUGGGUGGGUGGGGGGCAUCUCAACUUGGGACUAGGGGCACUGAAAGGCUGCCUGCUCAUGUAUAAACUGGGAUUAUUUGGGGGAAAUUUACUCAUGACACUGUACCCUGCACAGCGUAUCAAGUGGUAGUGACCUGAAAAUGUGCAUUUUCUGGAAUGCCCUUCCUUCUGCUGUUUAUGUUUCCCUUCUUUUUCUGUUUAUGCUUUCUCCUUAGUAACUAACUCUAAACUCCUCUUUUUACAACAUAGCUAAUAUUCAGACACUACUUGAAAGUGUUAGAAGCAUCAUGUGAUCAUGUAUGUAGUUCAGUUUAGCAGACUUCAACAGGGCCUUAUAAGUGACAUUAUGUGGAUGGCAGUAUAAAAUCCCAGCCUUUAAACAAAGGCACUUGGAAGGAUAAGGUUUGGGCUGAUGAGCCAUCUGUUCAUACAUGAUUCUAGAUUCAGGUCUGAUGCAGUCGAAAUAAAUAAAAAAAUUGUCCAGUACCACCUUAGAGACCAACUAAGUUUGUUCUGGGUAUAAGCUUUCGUGUGCAUGCACACUUCUUCAGAUACACACCUGUUCAUACAUGAGAGAGGCCACGGUGUAGCUUUACAUUGUGGGAAAUGUUUGUUAUCACGAGGAGAUAGAGCUAUGUUAUCAAUUUUCCCUUGAUACCUUGGGAUAAGGCCUAAAAGGCCUUGACCUAGCAUUGUUUUAUAACUAUAACCUGUGCUUGUAUCACAUACCUUCCAAGAGCCCCAGAAAAAAAUGGGACACUGACUUUUCUCGAGAGAUCUCAGCGGCCAGUUUGGGUGCUACGACCUUGCAUACUCUUGCCCUGAAAAAAAGCAGUUUUUUUGGUGCUGCGAUUAUGUGUAGCACCCAAAAACACACAUUUUAGGGUGUUGUGUGAGAUCUUACACCCCCAAAAAGUACUUUUCAGGGCAAGAGUGAGGCAUGGGUCAUGUGACUGAGAGAUGUGCAUCCAGGUUUGUAUCGGAAAACUUUGGAAGGUGUGGGAUCAGAUAAUAAGAAUCUAUAUAGACAGCAGUUAUAUGAACCUGCACAUUUAGCAUUUAUUUUGCAGGAAUUAAUGAAAUGUAUACAACUGGUAAAAAAGAUGCAAUUGAAGCAGGGGUCAUUUGCCUAACAGAGAUAAACCACAGUAACCACUUGGCUAUCUUUGAAGAAUUCCUCUGGCAUGGUAAAACAUAAAUAAUUUCAGGGCCAUGAGAAUAUGCCCAAAUGAAACGGGAUAAGCUUGUGUCAGAAAAAUAGAGUGCUAUAUAAGAUCCCAGUAAGGAUCUUGUUGUCAGCAUGGGGUCUGCACCAUUUGCCUGUAAGGAGUUUGAAACCACUGCUGCCUGGAAGAGAGGGGAUUCUGGCAGACUACAAAGGGGUCGUAAGAAUAUAUCUGCUCUAUUCGCUUUGCUCUUUACUCAUAUCAUCCUAUGUAUAAAACUGUUAAAGAGCAACCCAAGUGUCUUUUAUUGCCUAUCUGAAUAAUUAAAAAAAGCUUGGGGGUUUGGCCAAACACAAAGCUCUGUAGUAGAGCAUGUCCAGAAGGUCCCAGCUCCAAUCACUGAUGUUUCCAAGGUAAAGCAGCCAGAGAUUAGAAAGAGCUCAGCUUGGAUCCUGGAUUGCUACUGCUGAUCAAAACAAUAGACAGUAAUGGGCUAGGUGGACAAAUCGUCUGAGCUAGUAGGUUCCUGGUAUUUUGGGGGAGAAAUAGUUAUUACAGACAUGACACAACCCCAAGUUAAUACUAGGCAAGAGUUCUAUGGGGCUCACUGAUGCAAACCUUGUUCUUAUCUCUCUUGUGCUUCUUUGCCAAGGUGCUGGGGUGGAGUUUGAUCGCCAGUGUCUUCAUAUUGGCCCUAGUUUUUACAUGCAUCUCCCGUUGCUGUUCUCCAGUCAGUAUUCUCCAGCUUGCCUUCUGGAAAGUGUACCUGGAGCAAGAGCAGCAGCUUUUUGAGCAAAAGGCCAAGGAUCACGCGGCGAAGCUGGCAGAGAGGAACGUCAAGUGCUUCUUUGAUUCCACAGAACUGGACGAGUUUCCAACUCCAAGUGCCAAAGAGUGGCACGGCAUUUCUUCCUUGUUCACCUUUAACCCUAAAAAAGAUUACUACAGCAUGAUGCACAAAUAUAACAGCAGCAAAACCAACACUGGCAGUCUUAGGUCUGUGGAGGGGGAUACAGUUCCUUGUUGCCUGGGGUUUGUGGAUGGCGCUGGUGGUAUUAACACACAAGGGUUAUAGUGAAAUAAUUGCUUAGCCCAUCAGGCUCUGUUACAAGAAGAUGUCUAACUGAACAUGGUUGUUAUUUCCUCUUUCCUCUUUUUCCCCUCUUUCUCUUGUUUUUUGGUGUUGGGUUGUGCUUUAUAUGUAUGGUGUGUAUACAGCCUGACCAUAAUUAACCUCUGACUCCUACUAAGACAUACAGUGGUACCUCUGGUUACAUACUUAAUUCGUUCCGGAGGUCCGUUCUUAACCUGAAACUGUUCUUAACCUGAAGCACCACUUUAGCUAAUGGGGCCUCCUGCUGCCGCCGCACCGCCGGAGCACGAUUUCUGUUCUCAUCCUGAAGCAAAGUUCUUAACCCGAGGUAAUAUUUCUGGGUUAGCGGAGUCUGUAACCUGAAGCAUGUGAAACCCGAGGUACCACUGUACCUGCUUAUCUAGGCUUUGGCUGGCCACUAAUUCCCAGCCUGGAAUAAUAUAUUGCAGACUACCAUGGGUGGAAGACAGAUAGACAGAUAGAUGAUAGAUAGAUAUAGAGAUAUGAGGUUUAUUUUACUGAAUCUGCUUGUAUCUUGUCAAUCCCUCUUAUAUUACUCAGAUGAAAUGUGGCACAAAGUAUUUUAAAAAUAAAAGAUUCAGGAGUCCCUCCCCCAUGAUGCUUUGGAUUACUGGAUUUGGAAGGAACCAAAUGCCCAAACUGCACAUGAGAGGGAGAGCAUAGGUGGAAGUCUUAUGCCAUGUUUCUGAUCUUCCAAACAAUUCAGGCCAGUGGACACAUUUGAAAUACUGAGAAAGCAUCGUGGCACCAGUCACAAAAUGUCUGUCAUAGGGACCUGACAUAACACAAAAUGGUUUACCACAUUCAAAAGAGCAGGAAAAGAGACAUGACCACAAAAUGGUAUUAGCAUGCCACUCGCCAGCUGGAAAAAGACACCUACAUUUGCCACACUUAUUCACACAGAAAAGCUCUUUGCAGCUCUAAUCUGUUCAGGGGUGGUGGGAAGAUGGGUUCCAAUUUUGGCAUCCAACGAAAUUUUAUUUUUAUGGUAUUUAUAAACAUAUUUCUUUCCUGCAAUAUAAAGCAUCAGGGCAGUUUACAGUUUUAACACGUAAAACAAAUGGGCAUGUUUAAGGCACAUUCAAUGUAAGAGACGCUGAGCCAGGAAUUAAGCAGGAAGAGAUACGUUUCUCUUGCAUUGUGGAUUUUAUGAGAGGAUAUUUACUGGUAUUUCUGGGCAUCAUGUUCACUGGCACAUGUGGGCACCAUGUUGGAGACCCCUGGUUCAGAGAAUGAGGAAAAUGGCAUCCGAAGUGAGUUAGUGUGUGUGGACUGAUACUGGGCUACUUGCCCAAAUGAAACUUUCACCUUGCCUGUCAAGGAGUACGAAAAAGGACAUGGGGGGACAACUGGAUCUCUUAUGUUCCCAAGGGGCCCCCAAAAGGAAGCAUGUGUUUGGGUAUUUCCACUGGAAUCAUGGGAAAAAACUGUUUGGUCUGGGAUCCUUCUGCAGCCACAAAAAGAGUAGUACACUUACCCUGCUUCUAAUAAAUUAACCAGUGCAACACAAAA